UUGAGAGACUAAUAAGAGCUUUUGUCUGUCGUCUAUCUGAAGAAAAAGACCCAAACGUUGUUUUCUCAUAAGUUGACUGCGUCACGUUCACAGCAAGGAGCGACGUCCUGCUGCACUAAUCAGAGCUUUGAUUGUAGGAACUCUGACACACGCAACCUUUAAAAAAAAUCACACUGGAAAAACUGUCUAGAGACGCAGUGUAACAAUCAUGACGACACUGCUGGACCUGAAGAGUAGUGUGCUAAGGCAGGUUCAGAGAAGCCAGUCUCUGAGAAGUCGGAGGGAACCCCCUCCCACUGCCAGCAGCCCCCUCACACACUGUCCUCCUGAGCCCUUACCUUGCAGGGUUUCAGAGGAAAGUGUGGAGUUCUUUGAGCGUAUGAAUGCCAUCCUGCAGAAACAGAAGAACAUGAUGCGGGCAGCUCAGGCUGAGUGCCAAAUAGGGCCAUGCACAAUGCCACCACCACAAGAGCAUGUGGACCAGGCCUUGAUUUCUGAAAGAGUCAGCAGGACAGAGCUGAAUCUGCUUUAUGAGGAAGCUGUGUACACAGUGGUCAACAGGGUUGGCAUGCCUGCUCCAGAACAUGUGAAAAGUGACGACGAGCUGCUUGCUUACCUGCUGAAGGUGUUUGAUAUGGGUGACGAGGAACAUGAUAUCAUUCUCCAAAAAGUUCAAAAAUCAAAGCGAGCCAGUUUUUCCUUGAGAGUCUCUGUUAUGAAAGCAAAGAACCUAAUGGCCAAGGAUGCAAACGGGUAUAGCGACCCCUACUGCAUGCUGGGAAUCCUGGUUGGUCAGAGCCCUCGAGAAACAGAAGAGAAGAAGGAGAGAAAGUUUAGCUUCAGAAAGAGGAGGGAAAAACUGGAGAAACGCUCCAGCACCAAAGAGGUUUUACCUGCCAGGUGCAUUCAGGUGACCGAAGUCAAACCAGAGACUCUAAACCCAGUGUGGGACGAGCACUUUGUGUUUGAAAUAGAUGAUGUCCACAGUGACCGCUUACAUCUGGACAUUUGGGAUCAUGAUGAUGAUGUAUCUGUUGCAGAGGCCUGCAAAAAGCUCAAUGAAGUCAGUGGUCUUCGAGGAAUGGGCCGGUAUUUCAAGCAAAUAGCAAAGUCAGUGCGAGCUAAUGGAUCAGCAUCAUCAGGGUCUGAGGAAAACGUUGACGACUUUCUCGGAUGCAUCAACAUUCCUUUGAAUGAAGUUCCUGUUGCUGGAUAUGACACCUGGUUUAAACUGGAGCCCCGCUCAAGUGCAUCUACAGUUCAGGGAGAAUGUCACCUUAUUCUGAAAGUCUUCACUAGCCAGAGAGACACAACUUUAUCAAAGAGGGACACAAAUGUCUCCAUUCACAAGAAACUUCUGUGCCAGAUUGUGGAGUAUGAGCACGCUCAAGUUAAGAGAGAGCCGUACAACUGGAACGGACAGGUUUCUCCUCCAGCAUGGACUGUACUAACACACCAUGCUGUGCAAACUGAUCUUUCACCUCUGCAGCAGGCUAUUGUGCGCUGGCAGUGCUACAGCAGCCAUCAUCGGAACCAGAGGGUGUGCUACUCCCUGCUGCUGCGCCUCCUGAGAACCAUCGAUGCAGAGUGGGACCCUCCCACCGUGAGGGGAGACCUGGAGAGGCAGCUAUCAGACAGCUUCAGACUGUACACAGAGCACUGCCUGUGCCUGAUGAAGAACAUGCGUCAGGUUUUCCCCUGCACAAGCGCUGCUGCCAUUACACGCUACGAGCUCAUGCUGAGGGGGAUUGGCUACAUGCAAAACAUGAGGGCAUUUAAGACUGUUUGUCCUCUCCGAAAUGAGCUUCAUUUGGACAUCACGACUGCUGUCAAGAAAGGAACAUCUGAGUGGUAUGAAAGCUUAAUUGCUCAGUAUAAACCAGAGGAAGGGUCUCUGGAAGAGCAGCUGAAAAAAAUGGUUCAGGUGAUCGAUGCCGUUUGUGCAGAUUUACAGAGAGCUCAAAACAUCUACAACAAACUCUUCUACAGUGCCGUGAAAGUAGAUUUCUUCAGCAUAUCAUACAGGCAGUUGGAAAAACAGGUAGCAGAUGAUGUAAAUGUAGCAAUGGAGCGGGUUUGUGGCUCUCUGGAGCAGGAGAGCUCUAGACUGACUCAGAUUAUGGGGGAAAUCAUCUUCGAACUAUUCAUGUCCUUGAAGAUCCUCAAAGGGUUUCGAGAAUUUCUUCCCCUCAGAGAUGCCAAAAUGUUGGCCCUGACGGGCUUUCAUAACUGGUUCAAGUCGUCCAUUCAUAAGUUCCUGCAGAUUGUUCAUGACAGAUCCUGUGACAGAAUCCACAAAGCGGUGGAAACCGAUCAGCUUCAGCCUGUGCAGCAAGCCAAACACAGUUCCUCAGCAGUGGAAGUGACAUCUUGCUUCAGCCAGGUACGCGAGAUCUGGCUCCAGCUGGCCUGGCCAGACUCUGCGGGGGCCUUCAUCUUUGUCACUCGUUUGACGGACAACUUCUGCAGUGAAGCUGUUUGUUACUCAGAGUUGAUGACACGCAAGAUUGAGAAGAACCAGCAGGGCCGAGAUUACAAAACUUUCACGGUGCAGCUUUGCAUUGGCCUAAACAACGUAGAACAUGUGCGUGUGUACCUGGCUCACCUGCCUCGGGACCUAGACUGGCCUGGCGUGGAGCGGGCCAUGGAGGAGUCCUGUGGAGUGGAGGGAAAAGAGCAGGUUUACAAGGCCCUCAAUGGGCAACUGCUCAACAUGGACCUAGACAUGCAAAGAGAAGCUAAACGCCUGAUCACACUGCUCACCGAUAAGAUGCUGCCGGAGCUGCGGAGAUACAUUCAGCACAUCAGCUUGUCUCCAGACUCCAUCAACAAUGACGAUGCUGUGUCCCCUCUCAUGAAGUACCUUCAAGACACUAUGGUCAUCCUGACAGCAAACCUAGUUAAGGAAAAUCUGACCAGAGUUCUGCAGAGCAUGUGGGAGCUGCUCCUGCGAAUGAUCCUGGACACGGUCACAGAAAACAGGGGUGUUCAGGUGGAGUUUUACAACCGCUUCCAGUACACAGUUGAGACCCUGUUGCAGUUCUUCCAUGUUAAGGAAGAUGGUCUGUCCUUGGAAGACAUGAAAAGUGGAGACUACAAGGUCUUGGAUGAAGAGCUCAGGCUAAAUAAAUGUUCCUCGUUUGAUCUGAUUGAGCAUUACUACCUGGAGAAGAUUUCCCUCCAGAAAACACUCAAACAUACACCCUAUGGUCGGAUCAGUGUGAAAUGUUACUAUGACCCUCCAGAGCAGAGACUGACUGUGGAAAUUCUGCACGCUGCAGACAUUAUCGCACUGGAUGCCAACGGUCUUAGUGACCCAUUUGUCAUAGUGGAGCUUUGUCCUCACCACCUCUUUCCAGCAGCCAAGAGUCAACGCACUCAAGUGAAGCUGAAGACACUGCACCCAGUAUUUGAUGAACUGUUUUAUUUUCAUGUAAGCCCUGAACAGUACAGGCACAGGUACGCUUGUUUGACCUUCACUGUGAUGGACUAUGACUGGCUGUCUACCAACGACUUUGCUGGAGAAGCUGUCGCUCCUCUUAGCGACUUCUGCUGGCCAGGGAGACCAAACGCCUCGGCUGCCGGGAAGAAUGUCCAGCCCGUCAUUCUGCACUUGUCCCGCAGCAAACCCAGUGAUAAGCCAAUCAUGAGGAUGCUGGAUGCUCGCACGGGAGACAGGGAGGCGCAGGAGUUUGUCCGCAGGCUGAAGGAGAUUGAGAAGUCGAUGGAGGAGGACUAAGAGCUGUUAGUAUUGCUUGUAUCCAUGUUUUCUGACCCCAUCUUGCGACAUGUGCUUUUGUACUUGUAACACUGUUUACAAUAUUUAACUUUUUUUUCCAAUGUAUUGUUUGCUCGGUAAUUAUACCAAAAUGAAAAGAAAAUGAGGAUGUUUUCUUACUGGAAGACAGACAUCCUGUCACUGUGCAACUGUAUGCUGUCUCAGUUUAACUAUAUUUUAGAAGUCAAUGGAUAGUUGAUCCUGAAUGUUACUAGUCUAUAUUUUUUGUAAUGAAGUAAUUGUUAUCUUUGUUGUAUAAUAUUUGAUAUGAUAGAUUUAACAUCUAAAAAUGUUUUGUGCAAGUAGCCAACUUAUAGCACUAAGUCUUAAGUCUAAAUCUAUACCUCAGAUAUGCUCAUUAGUUACAGAGGAGUUUAAUCGGGGUUCUUCAAAGAUAAUGUGGAGGUCAAUUGUGUGAAAGCUUAUUUAGCAUGUUAACCAGCUACAGCAUCCAUCACAAUUAGUGGCACCCCUGGAAAUGAUGUGUUAAUAAGUGUUCAACUCUCAGAGUUUCAGUUGUUUAAUUAUUACUUCGCCUGUAAAUAUGGGCAAGUUUAGACUAAGUUAGCCAUUCCCUGAGGUACUAAAAUCAACACACAUCUGCCCCACUUGCAUGGUAUUUUCUCUUGUUUUUCCCUCUCUGAAUUGUGGUAGGGAGUAACUGACCUCUGUGUCACAUCAUAAUAAACCUAAUAAACCUAAAGACAUUCCGUUAUAAAUCACAAAAAUCCUUUACGUACAUUUAUUUUAUAGACAUUGUUAGAAAUGCAAUAAUUUUGGCACCAAAUUUUAGUAAAAUGUGUUUUUUCCCCUUCUGAAUAAACGUACUCAAACUGAAGGCUGAAUUUUUCUUAAAUUUUCAUGGUUAUAUUGUGCUAAUGCAGUUAAAGCUUAAUUUAUUAUAGGGCUUUGUGCACAUCUAAGGGUUGCCAAUAAUUGUGGAAAGAGAUAUAUUAUCUAUACUAUGAAGCUUAUGACAUUAACUGUAAAGUUUUAGGCAGUCUGAAACUUGAAGUUUGUGGGCCAGUGAGUGGUCAGCAGCAGGGAGGGCUAACAUUUCCUCACAAACACACACACAUACACACACCACUGCUUGGUUUCAUUCAACUUUCUAGAUUGCUUGUUAUUGUUGUGAAAGGUCACUAAGGAAACCGAUGACAAGGAAUUUUAGUAUUAUGAAAACUCAGUCACUUAUCUCAGCCUUUCUUCCUGUGUUCAUAAGAACAGUAGGUUUACUGAGAGCUGUUUUAAGGUUAUGCAAAACUUUGACAUAGAGCAAAUUCAUACAUUUAAAGCAGUAUGAACCAUUCAUAUUGAUGGAACAAAUGUUAUGGAUUUAGAUAUUUUUUUAAUGACCUAAUUGACACUUUAGUCAUAAAAAAAAACAUGAUAAUAUACAGAAGUUAUUACAUGCGAAACAACUUAAAUUUAAGUGAUUAAAAAUAUUAAAUGCAACAAAAUUGAACAAGUCAAACACAUGGAUCUAAAGAGUUUAAGCAAUUCAUUUCUAGAAUCUUCCUACCUUUCUUUCUUAGUCUGUCACAUUUUUAUAAUUUGAGAAAAACCUUGAACUUCUGAUAGAGGCAAAAAUGCGGCACAGUGGACAACCUUGUUUCAAAGAGCCAGCGCUUCAGAAAAUCUUUUAAAAGAAAACCAGGCUAAUUGGUUUGGAAAAGCUCAUACAGUAUUCAGAAACCUCUCGAAAACUAGCACAGACAUCACAGCGCCUGUGAUAUCCAAGCUUUAAAUCAAUGCAGGCCUUCAUUUAUGAUAUAAUCUGUGUCACCAAGUGACAUUUUAUCUCUCAAGGUGAAGAGAAGUGAGUAGAAUAAUGACACGUGCAGUGGUGUAAUUGCACUUGAGAGGAAAAGAAAGUCUGACCCUUUGCAGCAGCUGUCACUGGCCUGACAGGCAGAACUCAGCUUGAGCUCCCAGAGCUGUGUGAGUGCAGCUGAAAGAUUGGGACCUUAAUGCUGCUGCAAAACAGAGGGUCAAACUAUGACCUGGAAUCCAUCCACUUUUACUUUGUGAAAAUGAAAAACCUUACUACACUGAUAUGCAAAUUAAAGAUUUCUAAAAAAAACAGGGGUGCCAGGUAAUGUGAACACGCACACACACACACGCAUAAAAUUGCUGUUUCUUUUCUAAAAAAAACAGAACAACUAUCACAGAAAUGUAGUAAACAAAUUGUAGCUGCUACUAAGAACUUGGCACCAAAAUCCACACACCGACAGCAUUUUGAUAGUGACGUAACUUUACAGUAGCUGCUUGUGUAGUGCUUUGCUGUACCCUGUGAAGUUGAGGAUAAAGUACACAAAAAAUGAAUAAAAAAAAACAUUUUAUUGCCUAAAAAGAUAGUGUUCUGCGUUACAGGGUUUGUUCAUGUGUUCAAGAAGCCUGCUAUCUUACAGGUGCAGGGAAUCUUUUAGUACUCUGGACUUUAUUUUUGAGAUUUGGCAUUUAGAUCAGAAUCGAUUAAACUUCUUAUUUGCAAUUUACAGUAUUAUCUGUUUCUUAAGAGGGUAUAAUAAGCACGGCUUUUUAAGGUAAAACUUAAAUAGCUAACAGUGUUUGAUUGGCAUUUUCCCUGAAGAACUUUCAUUUGUUUCUGCCUAAUGUUUACAAAAAGCAAUGCAACCUCAUUUUGAGUACAAACAAGCAUAAGUAAAAUUUUGAUUAGGGUCAUGACUUAGUAGCCAUUUAUAUCUUUGUAAAGACAGUGAUGAGGGGGAUAGUUUUAAAUUUAGGGUCGUAUAUUUGGAAUAAUAUUAAGAACUUGUCUGUACUCAGUCACAGUAUACUUGUUGUUAUUUUUUCUUGCCAGCAUAAAAAAAGCAGCAAAACAAAAGGAUCAAGAAAGCAUAGAAGUAAACAAAUCUCAUUAUUCAUUUACCACAAUUACUUAUUUCAGACUGGCACGAAUUAGAACAUAAGCUAACUUUUUUCCCAGGCGUAAUGAAUCGAGUAUUUGAAUUUGUGCUGCUGUGUUGCUGUUUAUUAGAUUAAAAAUUUAGAAAAUGUCUUGACCCAAUAAAGACUGUAUUUAAAUAUCA